AUGUUGUGGCUUGAAUUCGCUUCUAUCCUCGCGCUGCCGGCUGCAGGCACGGUAAGCAUCAGAGACGUGUCAAGGCCCCGCGGACAGGACAAACCGGAUGGUUUCGUCUCAUUGGAAGUACGAAUGAGCAAUGUGACAUGGCACAACGAGGCUGAGCCAGCCGCCCGUGGUUUGAGAAGACGUCACAGAAGGGGGAAUUGCGUUGGUGCGGUAACACAAUCACGCGCGAAGGAUCAAAAGGCUGUCGACGACGGUGACAAGCGGCACACUUGUCUCGAACCUCCUUUUCCAGUUUCGAAAAAAAGGCAGCUGGCCGAUCUGGCAGUAGCGCGAGUCCACGUCAAUGUGACCAAGAAUACAUCAAGCAUUGUGAGCCCUCGUCCUUGCCCUAUCGACACCGCGUCGGCGCUCGAACAAGACAACGGGGCAUUGGUAUCUCGAGUCAUGGUGAAAUGUCAAGACUCAGGGCAACCAUCGUCUCAUGUCAAACCCAGUGCAAGGGGCUGGACAGAUCGCGCGAAAUUACACAUGCGACUUGUGGCAGUCACCAGCUGA